AUGUGUCAUCUUGACACCUUAAACUCACGAAGUUAUUGUCAGAUUGCUAAUGAGAAACAGGUUAUGAAACUGCCUAAAAAUGUGGGUUUUACAAAAUGGUCCUUGAUCAAAAAGUUUUGUCGUAUGAUUACAUGUUUUCAGCUCUACAACAAGUACAAGAAUGCGGGUGCCCAGCCAAGAUUAUUUGCGCCGGCUGUGUGCAUGUUUGGCAUUAUGCUUAUCGGCUAUGUGUUUAACACACUGGUAAUUGUGGCUACUUUGAAGAACAAGAAAUUACAAGGUGGGAAAAUGAAUCAGUCUUUGAUUAUGACCUCAUUCCUUCAGGAUCCUGCAACUAUUUCAUUGCCUUUGGCUGUUUUGCCGACAUUUUCCACACCUCCGCGCAUUGGAUCUACGUCUACACUACGGUGGUAACGGGUGAAAACUUUAUUCCCUUCGACAAAUGUCUAUGGUUCCAAUCGGUUCCUCAGCACUUCCUGACAGUCAGUGUUGUGAUGACAUUGUGCGUUGGCAUUGAUCGGCUGGUCUCUGUGACGUUCCCGGUUUUCUAUGGAAGGCAAGAGCGGAAUCAUAUUCUUGCUGGAGGAAUUGCAUUUGCAUUUUCCUGCAGUUCUUACUUUUAUGUCAUCUCCAUUAAGACCGCAUUCUCCAGGCAUGGAAAAGAGUUAGUUUUACAUCUUUUACACUGUUUUUCUCUAUUUUUUUAUGAGAAAUAACUUUGAAUUUAUGUAUUCUUUAGCCCUGUCCUCUGCAUUAUUGUUGGCAGUCUCGGAGGCCGUGCUAUGAUUGAUUGGUUCAAUUUCGUCGUCUUGUUUAGCAUGUGUGAUCUGGCUAUAUAUUCGGCUGUGUGGGUGAUCCUACGGUUUAAAGCCGGCACAAGUGAAGACAGCAAGAAGGCGUUCCGUUCAUUAUUUGCCGUUAUGAUUACUGUAGCCUUUGGCUGGCUGGCCAACGCCUUUGUCCAAGCCGUAAUUGUCCCAGCCUUCAUCCCAAUCGAAUACCAUUACGAUUUUAUGGCGUACUUUGGAAUUCCAGUGAAUCUAGCAAGCUCGUGUGGAUUUGUGACGUUGUAUAUCUUCAGGUAGGCCUUUUAAAUGUAUUCAUGACACGAAUUGAUUGUAGUGCGGAGUACCGUCGGACAUUCCGUCGACUGCUUGGCCUUUCUCCCUCAAAGCCAUCGGGUUCUACGUUCACAACUCCAACAAGCCGGGUGGAAACUUCGAAACGAAGCUUUGCCGAUAUCCCAGUACAGUAG